UUGAGCGCUUCAAGGCUCGAUUGGUGGCUCGUGGAUUUUCUCAACAAUAUGGGUUGGAUUAUGACGAAAUGUUUAGUCUAGUUUCUAAGAUCACAACUGUCCGCGUACUCUUAGCACUUGCAGCCAGUAAGUCUUGGAUAAUGUGGCAGCUAGAUGUGAAGAAUGCUUUCUUACAUGGAGAGCUUGAUCGAGAGAUCUAUAUGGAGAAACCUAGUGGGUUUGAGAGCACAAACUCAAACUAUGUCUAUAAGCUCAAGAAAGCCCUAUACGGUCUUAAGCAGGCGCCUCGUGCUUGGUAUGGGAAGAUUGGAGAAUUUCUACUCCAAUGCAGAUACUCUGUCACUCCGUCAUAUUCAAGUUUGUUUGUCAAGAAGCAAGAUGGAAAAUUAGCAAUUGUGCUAGUUUAAGUUGAUGACUUGAUCGUGACUGGAGAUGAUAAAGAAGAAAUCAACCGGACUCAAACGAAUCUAUCCAUAAGGUUCCAAAUGAAGGAACUUGGAGAGCUGAAGCACUUUCUUGGACUUGAAGUCGAGAAAAGACAAGAUGGCUUAUUUCUCAGUCAAUGGAGAUAUGCCAUAGUGUUGCUAGAGAAGUUCGGGCUACAAGAGUGCAAGCCUAUGACAACACCAAUGGAGGCUAACGUUCAACUCAACUCACAAGAAGGAAAAGAUUUAGAAGACGUGGCGAUGUAUAGACGACUUGUGGGUAGUUUGAUCUACCUAACUUCGACUUGUCCUGAUAUUUCUUAUGUAGUUGGAGUCGUUAGUCGUUUCAUGCAGAAUCCCAAGAAGGUUCACCUAGAGAUCAUCAAAAGAGUCUUGAGAUAUGUCAAAGGAACCAUUGAACAUGGGAUAUUUUAUAAGAAGGGAGCAGACUGCAAGCUUGAAGGUUAUUGUAAUGCUGAUUAUGCUGGAGACCUAGACAUUUUUCGUUCAACAACAGGAUUGUGUUCACACUCAGUUCAGGAGCAGUGUCAUGGUGCAAUAAAAAGGCAGUCGACAGUUUCACUGUCAAGUACAGAGGCUGAAUAUAGAGCGGCAGCAAUGGCAUCACAAGAGUGCACCUGGCUAGUGCAACUUUUGAAGGACCUUCAUCAAGAAGUUGAUUACCCGGUUCCAUUAUAUUGUAACAAUUUAUCUGCUAUCAAGUUAGCAGAGAAUCCUGUGUUUCAUGCUAGAACAAAUCAUGUUGAAGUUCAUUAUCAUUUUCUUCGAGAGAAAGUACUAAAGGAAGAGAUAGAGAUGAAAGCGGUGAAGACUGGAGAUCAGGUUGCAUAUAUUUUCACUAAAGCAUUUUCGAGGGUCAAGUUUGAAGAGUUCAGAAGCAAACUUGGAAUGAUCAAGAAGAAAUAGAGUGUUGGUGACACUAAAUCACGUGAAAACACUACUCAAGCAUGAUACGAACACUACUCAGAGUAAUGGUAAAUUAAACUUUAAGGGGGAGUAUUGACUCGUUAUGACACAACUCCUAACAAAGGCCAAGUGUAACCAACGAAAGGGACUACAGUAUAGUGGCUCAAGUAAUAAAUAUCGAAUCCACGGGUCUCUAGAGUUACUAUUACUCAGCUUCAGUUCAUUAUCUAGCAAACCAGAUUAAGAUAGAACAACUAAAACUACUCUAGCAAACUACAGUUAAAGUUAAUCUAAUUACAGGUUGGGAACUCACUUGGGUAUGAUUCCCCCUAGCCACUAGCCGGAUUAAUGAUUGAUGAUCUCUAACUUGUUUCACUCUCAUUCAAAAUGCGAAGAUUCCUCAACUAGACCUUGAGUCUCGACUAAAGGAACAAGGUCCUCUUGAUUCAAUUGCCUAGAGGGACGUAUCCUUCUCUAGAACAACCGAUCAAGGCAUUCUGAACUAGAUUCCCUCUAUCGAAUGAGGUUAGCAAUUGAUACAAAGCAGUGAAUUUACCCACGAAUAAAGCAAUCGAUCCAAUACUAUCAAUCUAUGGCGCUCUAUUGACCUAAUCAGGUACUCGCUCUCAUAGGAUCAAAGCAGAAUCAAUAAUCUCGACUAAAGCAGAAUUGAAUCAUGAAAACAUGCAUAGAUUGAAUAUGAACUCAAGAUUAUCAAGUAAGAGUACUCAUACAAUCAUCCAAUCAAACAAACACAGCUAGGGUUCUUCAAAACCUAAGUGAAGGGAAGUUACUCCAUAGAGAAGAGAGAGACUGUAGUAAGAAUCUUCAGAUGGUCAGUCUUCAAGUCCGGGCUUGUUCCUCGAGCUUCCAAGGCAAAGAAAUCCUCCAAUUCCACUCCACGAGUGCCCUCAAAUUUCCCUCUCUCUCUCUCUCUCUCUCUCUCUCUCUAUCUCUCUCUAUCUCUCUCUCUGGUUCGUCCCUUGGGUGUUUGGGAUCCAAAACCCCGCUCUCCCCUCUCAAAAAUUGCAGAAAAUAUACUUAUACCCGAGCAGGGGGCAGAAACACGAUCGGGAACAUGGUCGUGUUUAGUCCUGCCCGUGUUUUAAAUCCCUUCAGCAGCCUUCACAAGAGAGGCUCGGCAUAAAAAACACUGGCAGGUUCCAGAUGAAACACGACCGUGUUUUUAGGGUAGUCUGGCCGUGUUUCUUCCGCCGAACCUGUUCCCUAUAUUCAAUGCUUUGUUUCUCCUUCGUCCGGACUCCGAAUGAGUUGUUGUUUGAUCCUAGACGCUCGUAGUCUUGUCCUCUUUCUUUUCAUGACAAGCUUGCAUAAUUAUUAGUCCAUAAAAGAGGUAUAAAUCCAUUCUUCUUCAGGUCAUGCCUGAGUUUCUUCUCCCGAAUCACCAAUUGAUCUCCGAUUGACUUGAAACUUGCGCCUAUGCCUCCCUUUGCUCACUAGGACCUACAAUGUUACAAAGGAACACAACCUAGCAUAAAACAUACCAAAGAAGCGAUAAUUCAAGCUUAAACAAUCAAGAAACAAAGGGGAAAACAUGUGCAAAUAUCAAGUCAUCAAAUCCCCCCACACUUAACCGUUUGCUUGUCCCUAAGAAAACCUGACUCAAAGCAAUGCAACUCUCCAGAACUUUAUAGCAACACACAACCUCGAUCGUCGGUAGCGGACUUCCUAUAUCAUUUAGCAACUUACAAGGUCAACCGGUCUUCUAAGACAUCCCCCUAUCUUUCUCAAUGCGAGUACUAGACUCAAACUAGGAUCAUUCAAAGUUGUAGACCUAAGACAUAAAAUUCAUGUAUAAUG